AUGCCAAAAGCAGCGUCAAGUUCCAAUGCUGCUCCAUCGCUUGCACGAACUAUCCAGGCGAAAAAACGUCGAACAAAAAAUGCAGGCAAACCUCGUCCACCACGUGAUCUCAUUCAGAAAAAGAUAAAUACAUUGAAUGCGAAUGCGGCUGCUCCUUCGCCAUCGACAGCUGAACAUGUAUCGAUUCCGCAAUCCGACUCGUCGUUUACUGUUUCUAGUAGUGGUGGCUUGUCAAGUAGUGCACCGCCUCAACAUAGGAUUUUGCAUGCGAAUGAAAAUGAUUUAUAUACGGCGCCAAUCAAUGGCGGCGGUGGUGGAAGUGAUAAUGAAGAGGAAGAAGUAGAAGGAGCAGCAGAAGAGCAUGACAUUCGGGGUUCAGAUGACGAUGAACAAGAAGACCCGAAAGAUUAUUGCAAAGGCGGUUAUCAUCCUGUUACGAUUGGUUCAACUUUUAAUCAACGCUAUCAUGUUAUACGGAAAUUAGGAUGGGGUCAUUUCUCAACUGUAUGGUUAUGUUGGGAUCGUAAAAUGACACGCUUUGUGGCGAUGAAAGUUGUUAAAAGUGCGAAACAUUACACCGAAACUGCUUUAGAUGAGAUAAAACUCUUGACAAAUGUUCGUGAGAGUGAUCCGUCCGAUCCCAAUCGACUUAAAUGUGUACAAUUGUUAGAUGAUUUCAAAGUGGCUGGUGUCAAUGGUACACAUGUUUGUAUGGUUUUCGAAGUGCUCGGACAUAAUUUAUUAAAAUUGAUCAUACGUUCAAAUUACCGCGGAAUACCGAUUCCGAACGUGAAAUUGAUAAUAAAACAAGUUCUACAAGGUGUUGAUUAUCUUCAUCGAAAGUGUCAGAUUAUUCAUACAGAUAUCAAACCGGAAAACGUUCUUAUGUGUGUGGAUGAAGAACAUGUACGCGCUUUAGCUGUUCAAGCAGCCGAAUGGCAUAAGCUCGGAGUCAAACCCCUCGGAUCGGCCGUCGCAACAACGCAUAUUGUCAACAAACCCGAUUUAAAAACGAUGUCGAAGAAUAAAAAGAAGAAAAUGAAGAAGAAAGAAAAACAAAAACAGAAAACGCUCGAAAUCACUCAGCAACAAAUUCAAGACGCAGAAAAACAAAAACAACAAUCUCUUGUUAACUCCAUCAAUCAAAUAUCAAUUACUAAUGAUACAAACACUAAUGGACAUAAUAAGAAGAAUUCUUCAGAUGAGAGUGGCAAUGAUGAUGACAAUGAUAACGAACAAGUGUCGGCAGCAGCUACUCCUGGAACGACUGCGGAUACUGUGCCUUCUGCUACCGACACGAAACCGGUGGCAGCAGCAGCAACCCCUACUGAUAUAGAUAAACCGACCGAUCCAAAUGAACCAGAUCCUAUCAACAGGCCUCGACCAAUGGCUGAACGAACACCGAAUCCUGUUUUCGAAAUUGUUCCUGAGGAAGUCCUUCAAGUUAAAAUCGCUGAUCUCGGCAAUGCUUGUUGGACAUAUCAACACUUUACAGAUGACAUUCAAACACGACAAUACCGUUCACUCGAAGUUAUCCUCGGUUCAGGUUACGAUGCAUCAGCUGAUAUUUGGAGUGUGGCUUGUAUGGCAUUUGAAUUAGCUACUGGUGACUAUCUAUUCGAACCACACAGUGGAGAAGAUUACAGUCGCGAUGAAGAUCACAUUGCCCACAUUAUCGAAUUAAUCGGACCUAUACCCAUUGAAAUCGCACAUUCAGGACGAUAUUCCAGAGAGUUUUUCAAUAAGCGAGGACAAUUGCGUAAUAUAAAACAAUUAAAACCGUGGGAUUUAUAUCAUGUGUUAACUGAAAAAUACAAAUGGCCAGCAUACGAAGCUAUCGAAUUCUCACAUUUUCUCGAACCAAUGCUAAACUAUGAUGUUACUCAACGUGCUACUGCUACCGAAUGUUUACUCCAUCCAUGGAUAACUGGUGAACCGCUAUUCAACAAUACUGGUGAUGGUCUUCUUUAUUCGGAUCAAUUCGGUUAUGGAAAUAAUAACGAAGAAAAUUCAUCUACACUUGAACCUGGUGCUGUUGGUUUUGAUUUGCGUUCGCAUGCAAAUGAUCUCGAUCGUUUCUUAUCAGCAACAAUUGGUCAUCCACAAAUUUUACAAAAUGUUGCUGAUUACAAUCCAGAUGAAUCUGAUGAUAUGUCUGAUGAAUACGAAGAUAUGGAUGACGAGGACGCGUCCAAUGGUGAUGAAAGUAGUCCAGGCGAACUCGAUGAAUGA